GUAAUUCGAACGUUUCCUGAGGAAGGCGACCCUCCCGUUUGGUUUUCGCCGGCAGGAGAAGAUCAAGACCGAGAGUAGUUAUGUCUGGGAGGCAAACACGGUCCGGAGGGACCGCUCAGCAAUCUGGGCCCAGGGCCCCGUCUCCUAAGUCUCUGCGAAGGUCCCAGCGGAAAUCAGCCUCUGAUCUCCCGAGCAUCCUCCCUGAAAUAGGGAUGAAGGGCUCCCAUGCGGCUCCAGUCAGAAAGCCCAUUGUCUUGAAGAAGAUUGUGGCCCAUGCUGUCGAGGGCCCAGCUGUCAACUCGCCUCGCAGGAGCUCUAGGAUUUCUUUUCUCUUGGAGAAAGAAAACAACCCUCCUAACAAGGAGCCUUCUAAGGAAGAAUGUUUCAAGAUACGUCCUAUCCCAGUCACCCCAGCCACCCCAACCACCACUCCUGUGCAAAACUUGAACUCUGACUUUGACUCUGGAGAAGGAGACCUGGAUGCCAGAGAUUUGGAAAUGUCCAAGAAAGUCAGGCGGUCCUACAGCCGGCUUGAGACCCUGAGCUCUGCCUCCACCUCCACCCCAGGCCGCCAGUCCUGCUUUGGCUUUGAGAGUCUGCUAGGGGCAGAAGACUUGUCGGGAGUCUCACCUGUGGUGUGUCCAAAGUUAGUUGAGGUCCCAAGGGUCCCUGCGAAGCCUUGCGCCCCAGACACAACUCUCCCUGGAAUCUCACCCCCGGUCAUGAAACAGAAGCGAAAGAAGAAGGUGCCGGAGAUCCUGAAAUCAGAGCUGGAUGAGUGGGCCGCAGCCAUGAAUGCUGAGUUUGAAGCUGCUGAGCAGUUUGACCUCCUGGUUGAAUGAGAUGCGGUGGGGGUGCACCUGGCCAGACUCCCCUCCUCUCCUUGUAUAUAGCCCCCUCUGUGGAGAGGACACUUGGGAUCCUCUCUCCUGGCCUUGUUACCUGCAUUUGCGCUGUUGCCACAUGUGAGGCCUGUCUUCCUCUGAGGAUUUGUUCAGGGCAACAGCAAUCUAUUGGAGGAAAUGGGGCGGCCUGGCCUGGCCACUCACUGGUGUCUUGUUUCUAGUCAUCCUCCCCUUCUUACCUUCCCAAAGUACCACAGCCAGUUUCCAUUUGCACCAUAGACUGGCCCAGAAUCACUGGACCAACCAGAAGAGGUCAUAGAGGUGAAAGGGCACCUCUGCUCUUAGAAAGGAUGGCUACUGUGAACCGGCCCCAACAGAAACAGGCCCCAAAGGCAUAGCCAGCCUUAGGUUGUCCCUCCUGAGCUGACUUAUGUUGGUGGCUUAGUUCCCAGCCACAAGCCCAUCCACUUAAGGAGGCUCUGGGUUCUGAGUUUCCUCACAGAUUCUAUAGAUGACCCAGGAGAGUGUUCAUAGGCUAUGGGAUAGUUCCACCUUUGAGUAAGAAGCUGGACAUUCAACCUGUAGAAUCUAAGUUUUCAAGGAGGGAGGAAAGGAAGCCUUAGUUGGGUCUUAGGCCGAAGUGUUUACAACCUAGGAGCUGUGAUACAUAGUUCUGUGUUCUGUUGUUGGGGUGCUGGAUAAAUGCUGGGUCGACAGAGCUCUGGCUGCUUGGGGCAAAGGGUGCAUUUUAAAAUGUGGCCAUCUGGUGCUGUGGACUCCUGAGGUUCAUGGCUGGGCUGGCCACCUGCACAGGGCCCAGGCUGGGAGGUUUUGCCACUUUGUUGCAAGGACAGAAGGUGCUCAAGUCCACAGAGUCUACUAGGCCCUAGAAGAAAAAAUUAUGGUUUGCAGGGUCCUGGCCUUACUUACCUUUUGCAACUACACUUGUAAAGUUCUAGGAAGCUUCCUUUACAUACCAGAAAGUAGCAGGCAUUGAUAGCAAUUUGAAUUUUUGGCCUCCUUAUGCUUUCACUGAGGCAGGUGCUAGAAGUUGAAAUGGUGGGAGAUGCAUCUCAUUGUCUCUGGGGAAUUUCUCCACCUUUCUCUGUUCUCAGUACUGGUGAAAAGUGUCAUGCCCUAGGUUUUGCAUCUUCGGAUGUCAAAUUCAUGGAGACAAAUGCUGAGAAGAGUGCAAAGGGGCUGGGGGAAUAACUGAGUGCUGGGAUGAAAUGGUGCAGGCCUGGCAGGCACUAAUGAAGCCCCCUGCAAGACUGUCUGCUCAAUGCUUCAUGCUUUGUCAGACUCUGCAAGCAAGCCACUGGUAAGCCCAGAUGUCCAAGUUGAAUGACACCUGGAGAACUCUUACCUUCUGCUGGCAGGCAGGACUCUUGCCCACUGUCUUAGUACUGCAGAAUUGGGAGUAGUCAGAUGAUGCUGAGUUGAUAUCAUUGCAAACUUUUCUCUGUCCCUAAGGAACUAAGAAUGUGUAGUUCAAGGGAAAAUUGAGACUUCAUUUGAAAAUUUUUUUUAAAAUCCUGAUUAAA